AUGGGUUCAUUGGGUUGUUUCUCUGGUAAUUACUGCAUUAUCAUCAUUUUGAUGUUCAUAUCAGCUUACCAUGAUCGAAUAAUAAUAACUGCACAGGCUGAAGAACCUACUCCAACUUAUUCACCUUGGAGUUUCUGUUUGGGUACGAAUUACACGGCCAACAGUACAUAUCGAACCAAUCUCAAUAUCUUACUCUCUUCUCUCUCAACUACAUUCACAAACAACGACACAAUCCCUCAGUAUGGUUACCGUAAUAUUACAAUAGGAGCAAACCCGGAUACUGUUUACGGAUCAUUACACUGUCGAGAGGAUAUAGCACCGUCUAUAUGUUCAGUAUGUGCUCAACUUGCAACUGUGACAGUUAUGCAAGAUUCGGGGUGUCCAAAUAAGAAAACAGUUACCAUGUUCUACAAUGGAUGUGUUUUGAGGUAUUCAAAUGAGAAUUACUUCUCAAUCUUGAAUCAAGAACCAUCAAUUACAUUAACAAGUCCUCAUAGCAUCGUAACAGACCAAAGUCGAUUUGCAGACGUAGUAACUGGAUUACUAGAUGAUUUAGUGGUGGAAGCUAUUACUAAUACUUCUAUUAGUCCUUCUUUAUAUGCUUCUCGUUCUGCAAAUUACACAAUGUUUAAAAAUGUUUAUGCAAUGGUUCAGUGUACACCAGAUUUGACACCAAGUUCAUGUAAUAGAUGUCUUAGAUCGGCACUUGGGAAAUUAUCUACUACUACUAUUACUAAUAAAGAAGGGGCAAGAGUUCUUUUUCCAAGCUGUACUUUCAGAUUUGAGUCUGGGCCUUUUUACGGGAAUUAUAUGUAUGCAACUCGAGCAUCACCGCCAACUCCUCAAUCGCAGUCGGAUACAACUAAUUCAAAUCGGACGGAUUCAUCAAAGCUUGUUAUUAGCAUCGCCAUUCCGUUGGUAAUUGCACUACUACUAUCCUCCAUUGUUGUUUGGUGGUUCUGUUUCCAUAAAAGAAAGAAGAUGAAUAACAAAUAUUUUGCGCCAGAGAUGGACCAAGAUAUUCAAAGUGCAGAAUCAUUACAGUUCAAUUUCAAUGUGAUAUGUGAUGCAACUAAUAAUUUCGCCGAGGCUAAUAAGCUCGGAGAAGGUGGGUUCGGCCCUGUUUACAAGGGUAUACUAAGUGAUGGACAAGAAAUAGCUGUGAAAAGACUUUCUAAAAGUUCAGGUCAAGGUGAUCAGGAAUUUAAGAAUGAAGUCUUGUUAUUGGCUAAACUUCAGCAUAGAAAUCUUGUAAGACUGUUAGGUUUUUGUUUACACGGACAAGAGAAACUACUUGUGUACGAGUUAAUGGAUGCAAGUCUCGAUCAUAUCAUAUUUGAUGCUGUGAAACGGACACAUUUGGACUGGGAAAGACGAUACAAGAUUGUUGGAGGAAUUGCUCGAGGUCUUCUGUAUCUUCAUGAGGAUUCUCGAGUCAGGAUUAUUCAUCGAGAUCUCAAGAAUAGUAAUAUAUUAUUAGCCACGGAUAUGACUCCAAAAAUUUCAGAUUUUGGCAUGGCUAGACUUUUUGUGGUAGAUCAAACUCAAGAUAACACAAGCAGAAUAGUUGGAACAUUUGGAUAUAUGGCUCCGGAGUAUGCAUUACAUGGAUGUUUUUCCGUAAAAUCAGACGUUUUCAGUUUUGGUGUCUUAGUUCUGGAGAUUCUUAGCGGAAAGAAGAACACUUCGUUUUAUGAAUCCGUAGCAGGUGGUGCACAAGAUCUUCUGACUUAUGCAUGGAGACAUUGGCAAAAUGGUUCAACCAUGGAACUAUUAGAUCCAAGUUUUCAAGAGAAUUGUUCGAGAAAUGAAUUUAUGAGAUGUGUCCACAUUGCCCUACUAUGUGUGCAAGACAGUGUUGCAGAUAGACCGACGAUGGCCUCGGUUAUUCUAAUGCUUAAUAGUAACUCCAUGACUCUCACACUACCUAAAAGGCCUGCGUAUGCAAUUGAAGAGGCGUGGAGUGUAAAUUAG